UCAUAAAAGAGAAGGAGAUUUCGUCAUCAGAGAGCGACAUAACAACAAACUGCAGCGCUGGGCAGAAGACUGCACGGCAAACUCUGAUCAUGGACAGCGAAGUUCAGAGAGAUGGAAGAGUUCUCGAUCUCACAGAUGAUGCCUGGAGAGAAGACAGACUGCCAUAUGAAGACGUCACAAUCCCACUGGUAAAACUUCCAGAAUCAGAACAAGACAACGGCGGAUCGACUGAGUCAGUCAAAGAGCAAGAGAUGAAGUGGUCAGAUCUCGCCCUGCAGAGUUUGCAUGAAAACACCCCAAACGUUGGCACUUAGAGUGGAAUAUUCUGUCUUCUCCAGCUGAUCCCCAGCCGUGUAUUAUGAUGGAAAGAACUCAGGUUUCAAACUGGUUAUCUAAAAUACACAAUACUUACAUCGUCUCUAUAGAUUAGCUGCAACCUGUAUGGGGUCAGUUUUUUUUUUUUAAGAAAUGUAUACUUUUAUUCAGAGUGGAUGCAUUCAUUUGAUCAAAAGUGACAGUAAAGACAUUUUACUGUUACAAAAGAUUUAUAUUCCAAAUAAACUAUGUUCUUUGAACUUUCUGUUCAUCAAAAGAAUUUUGAUGUUUCUGGCCUACCCUUGAUUUCCACACGUCCAGCUUUUCUAUAUGUAUAACCACAACCCAUUUGAUAAAGCAAAGGAUCUUACAGAAGGAGGGGUGAUUCAUCGACACUAAAGACUGGAGAGUAAUGGCUGCUGAAAGUUAAGCUUUGCCAUCACAUUAAUAAAUUAUAUUUUAAAAUAUAUUAAUAAUUAAACUAGUAAUUGAUUAUUAUUCUGCAAGUGAACGUC